UUUCUAUUUUUAUUUUUUAGCUUGAUAUGAAAAAUGGAGGAUUUUUUAAAUAUUGAUUGGCAUCCAUCCUUGAAUGACAUAGUAGACAAUGAAUUCGUUAAUGUCGAAAGGUUAGAACACUCAAGUGUUAUGUACAAAAUUCUUCGGAAUAAAUUUGUUGAUCCUUUAAAAAAUAUUCACGAAGAUUUUUUAGACUUAGUUAAACCAGAAAGUGUUGAAUUUUUGAAAAAGGAAGCAAAAAAAAAAAAAGAAGAGUCAAAAGAUCAAUUAGUAUCAACAGAACCCGAUAAGACCGUUGAAAAAAAAACUUAUGUACCUGGAAUCGUACGAUGUGAGAUGAGAUUUCCAAGACCUUCAAGUUUAAAUUCUGAACAACAUGCUAUGUGUGUAAAAAUUUUAAAACAUUUUUCGUCUUCUGGUAGACCAGAUAUGUCGACUAUAACUAAAAAUGAGCUUACUGCUUAUUUGAAUUUACAAAAUGAUAUAAGUAAAGAACAAGAAGAAUUUUUAAAAUUAGCCAAAGAAGAAUGGGAUUCAUCAGACAUAAAAAUUGAUAGAGAAGAUUUGAUCAAUCUUAAAUGGAAAAGUAAAGUAGAAUAUGCUUUAAAUCUUCAUAGGUAUUAUAUGGAAGUGGGAACUAUUCCAUUUGUUUCUGACCAAAAUAUAAAAUACAACUUUGAUUCUACUGUUCUAGAUCCAGAUUCUUUGCCAAUAUUCGAAUUGCCAGAUAUAACCCGUUUUAGAUAUAAUUUUUUUUUGAAGUCAGAAAAGAUAGAAAAAAAAUAUUUUACACCAUCAGAAUUGAGGGUCAAAAAUCAAAUAAGUGAAGACCCAAUGUGUCUGAAAUUUGCUGAAUCGCAUGAUGUAGAUAUUGUAAUAUCAUCAUCUGGUCUCAAGUGUUUAGGGAGCAAUAUCGAUCCGUCUUUUUCACAAAUAUGGAUCUUACCUAUUGAAGUGAAAGAAAUCAAUAAUAGGAAUGUUAUAUUCAUUGAUAAACCUCUACCACCUCAAGCUAAAAAUGCACUCCAAAAAAAUUUCUGGAUUUACAAUUAUAUUAUAAAAACUUUUCUUAUUAAGAAUCAAAAGUCUUUUAAGCUUUCAAAAAAUCUAGAUAAUUAUGUAGAUCUUGACAAAGCUAAUGAUCUUGAAACAAAUGACGAAAUAAAUGACACCAAUAUAAUUCGAGUUGAAAAUAAUUAUCAGUAUAAUAUUUUUACACUUGGCGCUUGCGGUUCAACACAAAAUGAACUGAUGAAAAAUAAAAUUCAAAAAGAUUAUAAAAUGUUAGUGCGUUCAAAAAUUGAUGCAGUAGAGAAAUUAGAAAAUGGAGAAAUGGCCUGGAUUAAGCUAGUACCAAAGUUAGAAAACCAACUAAGUCUUGGAGCAGAAGCAGUAACUUUAGAAGAAGCAGCCAAACAAUGGAUCUCACUAGCAUUUACACCAGAUACCUCACUCGUUAGACUUCGUAUUCAUCAAAAAACGUCUGAAUUAAUUCAAUAUGAAAGACGUUCACCAAUUUCAAUCAACAAUGAAUUAGUAAGACUAUAUAAUGUUCGAGGAGAAGAUAUUCUGCCAUUGUUAUAUAAUAUUACUGAAACAAUGAUAAAAAUGACUCCAGGAAAAUACCUUUUAAGGCAUACUAUCAGAAGUGGAGCAUUCGUAACAAUUUAUAAAGCUGUUGAUACUAAUGACAAAAAUACAAUGGACUUACAGACUAUCUAUUGUGAUGAAGAGUUUAGAACAAUUCCAAAUUCUCCAUGGCCAUCAAUAGACAAAACUCUUUUAACUCCAGCUUUAAUAUGUUUCAAUCGGAUGCCUGCAACGUUUUAUCCUUCUAAACUGCCAGCAAAACGAACUAAUAAUAAAAAAACUACAAAGGCAGGGAAAAAAAAGGCCAUGAAAAAUAACUCCGAAACGAGUACCUAAUUAUUUAUAAUUAAAAUAUUUUGAUGAAUUAUAUAAAUAUCAAAUAAAGUAUUUUUUAAUUUUUUAACAAAA